CCAUCGGCUGGCCAUGGCGGAGCACGUAUCUGACGGUCGCUGGCUGGCAUCACCACACCCAAGCGCGCUCGCUCGGUCUUUUCGCAUCUGCAUCGACGGAGGGGACGAUUAUGCACAUGCAUCUGAAGACUCAAGAUGUCUGUGUGGCGCAGACACAGUCUCCUGACACAACUUACCACAGCCCUGAUAUUUUCUUCUUUAUGGAAGAUUGUGAAAGGGACAAUAAUGAUGAGUGGGUGUGGCAUUCUGACCAAUGGCAAGGGAACAAGGAGGGAGUACGGCCAGUACAACCUGGAUGAACUCACGGAAGGAGAUAUUAUUGGUCUGGUCAGGAAGAAUUGUGGCGCCCUUCAUUAUUUCAUCAACGGCGUGGAUCAGGGCAUCGCCGCGCCAAGCACACCCAGACCGGCAUGGGGCGUGGUGGACCUGUACGGAAUGGCUGUGAAAGUGACGAUGCUGGACCGAGCGGACCCAGCGUACCCCAACAACCCCCCGGUCCCAGAGCGGCGGGCAAACAGCAUCUUCCGUCAGUACCCCGAUAUGUAUGAUGAAGAACCAUUGGAAGAGGAGGAUGGGGAGAAGCUGCUGUUCAACCCACACUGUGGAGCUCACGCUGCAGUCAUCAACAGCCACCGAACUGCCCACAGGCCAAAUGCUCUUGAUGACUUCAACAACGGUGUCGUGCUUACAAAUCGCUGUUUGCGAGCUAAUGAAGUUUUCGAAGUUCGACUCGAGAGAAUGGUUGACAAGUGGGCGGGGUCUAUUGAGAUCGGGGUGACGUUACACUCCCCCGAGGAGCUGGACUAUCCCUCCACGAUGACCAACAUUCGCUCAGGCACCUGGAUGAUGACAGGGAACGGCGUCAUGCACAACGGAACCACCAUUAUUGAUGAAUAUGGUCAAAACUUGGAUCGCUUAAAGGUAGAUGUGGGAGACAGAGUGGGCGUGGUACGCAAACCAGAUGGGACUCUGCACUUCUUCGUCAAUGGUGUUGACCAGGGUCCAGCUGCAUCCAGUGUUCCCGAGAUGGUGUACGGGGUCAUUGACCUGUAUGGCCAGGCAGCACAGGCUACAAUAGUUGACCAGUCAGAAGUGCUGAGUUCUCCUGACCUGGAGUCCAGUGUCUUCACCGAUGUUGACGAUGUGCGGUUCCACCACCUGCACGGUCACAAUGCCACCGUCCUCAACAACGGCAAGACUGCCGCCAGACCAAACGCUACGGGAGAGUUCAAUGAUGCAAUCGUGAUGAGCAGUCGUCCGUUGAGAGACAACGAACUGUUCGAGGUGGUCAUUGAGAGGAUGGUUGACCGGUGGUCAGGGUCGAUCGAAGCAGGUGUCAAUGGGUGCACACCUACCUGGCCAGAUCAUGUCACGUCCCUGAAACAACACGGGGUGAAACUUGGUGUGACUCUCAUUAAGCCCGAGGACUUGGACUUCCCCAACACCAUGACCGACAUCGAGUACGACACGUGGAUGCUCAGUGGGUCAGCGAUCAUGCAGGAUGGUUCGACAAUCAGAAACGGGUACCCACUUGAUCUGGAUGCCAUCGUGGUGGGGUCACGCAUCGGGAUGAUGAGAUGCUCUGAUGGCAGCCUACACUUCUUCCUGAAUGGAGAGGACCAGGGCGUGGCAUGUCAGGACAUAGCCCCAGGUGUGUAUGCCGUGGUGGACCUGUACGGGCAGUGUGCCCAGGUGAGCAUCACCAGCGGCUCAGGUGUGUUGCCCACCGACAACCAUAUCGUCAUCGCGGACAUAGAACAGAGUCUUUCAUCUGCUCUCAAUUCAGAAAUAACGCACAGAUUUAGUAACUGCUGUGGAAAGAAUAUUGUGAUAAAGAACAACGGCUGCACUGCGAACCGAGUGAGGAACUUCAACCACGGGGUGGUGUUCAGCUCCGAGCCACUUAAGUAUGAUGAGCUGUUUGAGAUGAAGGUAGAGGAGGUGUCCAACCAGUGGUCUGGCUCGAUACACAUCGGCCUGACAACCAUGGCCAUCUCGGACUCCACCCCGCUCUCACAGAUCCCGGCCAGUGCCGAGGACAUCACCUCCAAGGUCACAUGGAUUGUGUCGGGGUCGGAGGUCAAGAAGUCGGGCAAAACUAUCAAAGAAAACUAUGCCCCUUCCCUGGAGAGAUUAGAGGUGGGAAACAGAAUCGGUAUCCGCAGGUGUUCUGAUGGCACUCUUCAUAUCUACCUGAAUGGGGAGGACCUUGGAAUAGCUGCUUCCAACAUUCCAAAGAAUGUGUUCGCUGUGAUAGACCUGUAUGGAUCAGUGGAGUCAGUCAGUAUUAUCAGCAGUGCAAUAGCUGAAACCCCAAGCACCCCCAAGUCUCCUCCCGUCAUCCUGGACCAGGUAGAUUCCCAGGCUGAUCGAGACCAGGACCACGACACCAUGGCAGCAAGUAUCACCAGUUUCCAAGGCAACCAUGGGAAGAAUAUUCUGCUGAGCAACAACAACCUGACAGCCCGGCGGGUGGCCAGCUACAACCAGGGCAUCGUGGUGUCCCACAAACCCCUCACACGCAAGAAGCUCUUUCAGGUUCGGAUCGACAAGCUGAAUCCCCGCUGGAGCGCCUCCAUGAUGCUGGGCGUCCUUGGCUUCUCCUGCGACCGCUACAACUUCCCCGUCUCAGCCAUCAGUAUUAAAAAGUCAUCACUAGUCAUACAUGGAGACUCUGUCUUCUCCUGUGGGUGCAAGGUGCGAGACCUGUUGUCCUGCAACUUGGACAGCGUCCAGGUGGGGCAGUAUGUGGGGCUACUGGUGGAUGACGAGAACUGCCUCCACCUCUACAUCAACGGAGUCGACCAGGGAGUAGCAGUCAAAGACGUCCCCACGCCUUGUUUCGGAAUGGUCGACUUGUACGGCCAGUGUGAACAGGUGACGAUAGUCAGCGAGGAAGGGAACAUGCCGCCCCUCAACGUGGGCGACGACCGAGAGAAGGCAGACAUUGAUGAUGUGGUGAAGGAGAAGCAGGGAGGCAGGAUGGUGUGUGACCUGUCGGUCAUGAGGAACUGUGAAUAUCAGAAUCUUUGCUCAAGACUACGCACAUCACUGGGCUUGCCAGAUGGGUAUUUCGACAUGCAGUACAACAUGUGUUACUGUGAGACCUGUCAUAAGAUGAGGGGAGACGACUUCUACGUGCGGAGGGGGGACCCCCCAAGUGAUUAUGCUGUACCCUUCGGCUGGUGCAGAUUUGUGCUCAGAGCUCCCUGUAAAGCGCACUCCCUGAAUGUGUUUGAGAAGUGGCACGCGGCCUACCAUGGGACCAGGGUGGAGGUGGUGAGACGGAUACUGGACUACGGUGACCUCUUACUGCCAGGUGACCCAGUCGGGGGGAAGAGCAUCCUCAUUCCACAGCCACAGGUGUUCACAGAGAAAGCCAAGCCAGACAGCUUCGGGGGGCAGCAGAUCUUCUUCUCCCCCACAAUACGCUACGCAGGAGCCUCCGAGUUCGCCCCAAAACACCGAUUUACAGACCUGAAAACAAAGAAGCUGUACCAGGCUCGAGUCGCAUUCCAGGUGUGGGUGAAGCCAGGGUCUUACAAGGUCGGCCCACAGACCAUUGAGGCGAGUGACCCCAUCGAUCCCAAGUUUAACAACAGUGAGCUGGAGUGGUCCACGAAGGAGCGGGGCUCCACCAUGUUGUAUGCCUUGCUGUUGAGGGUGGAAUGAACAAGGCGGUGUGUGUGUGUGUGAGAGAUAGACCUUGAAUCAACUAUGGACGUGUGUCCAUCUAUAUGGCUGUGAUCCAACAAGGAGACUUGGUUUACCUUACAUCUACUUAUCUGAACGUGUAUACUGUUGAGGUGGAUUGUCGGGCAGACAGCUGGAACACCUGCUUGAUAUUCUACUGAAGCCCAUACCUCACAUCCUCUGGGUCAUGUUUCGAACAAAGUGGCAAUCUGUGUGGCCAACAGAGUAGAGCCAGGGGGUAAUGAUGUACUUCAGUCAAUCCUCAGACUUAUUCCUGAAGAUCUUGAGGUCUUGAUGCCAAUUGUACUCCAGAGAAAUAUUAGUGAAUCCAUUCUUGGAGGAUGUAUGGAGGAUAUUCAGAGGACAUUUAAGACAUACAGGAGGUCUGGAGGAAAUAGCCCAGGGCUUGGAUUCCAAGCAUUGCCAACAUUGUGGGAUCAUUCAGGUAGUGAUUUCACGGUCACAUUACGGAGGCAAAGCACGACAAGGCAAGCUUAGCACAAAGAUGAUCGUAACUCCCAUACUUUUAACAUAGACUUGGAAGUCGGAGCGCUAAGAUCGCUUUGUAGAACGGAGCCCUGGUACAUCGGCCUGCCUGACCCCCACAAGCUGAGAGCAUCAA